AUCCGAGCAUGGUGGCUGAAACAGGCUGGAGUCACCAGCUUCCACUGAAGACUUUAAUUUUGAAAAACACGAAGGGCUCAGCUGUGAAUCUCGUCAGAGCUCGCUUCCAGAGAACGCCAGGGGUCGGUGGAUUAAAGCCUCUGUUUAUUACACAGACAGACAGAAACUCGAUUCAUCCAGCACAUCGUUUUUCUCAGGCAGGCCUCCCCGAGUUUUCCUGACUCCGAGUCGCCACGUUCCGGGAUAUUUUAGCCGCUGCCUGUCAAACCCGGCGCGCGGAAGUACGGACAAGACUCCUCCCCUGUACCGGAAACAGUUCCCGAGAUUUGGCGCGACGCGCGGAGGAAGCUCAGCGAGUUUUGAGGGAUUUUUAAUAUUAACUCGCUCUGUUUUUGUUUAAAGGACGGGAAUUGUAGCGCUUAUAAUAAGUAAAGUAUCGCUCAAAGCGGUUGUCAUAGGUCCUGUCUGUGUUUCAUGCAGCGUGUUUGUCUAAUUUGGCUGGUUAGGGCGUUAAUGUGACUUGGCCGACUGGAACUCGGUUAAUGUACCUGAACUUGAGGUUGUUGAUAAACAUCUUCAUUGGGAGGUCGGAACAACCCAACAAUGAGGAAUUCUAACGAUGAGCGUUUACCAGUUGCUUCCCUUCGUCUUCUAGCCCCACCCCUGAGACUGGUCUCUGCUGCAGUUUGGAAGGUGAUGCAGCAGCGUGAUGUGAGGCAUUAUGGAAAGCUGGAGGAAUUUGUGACCUCAGUUUCUGAGACUGUACCUGGGUUGCUAAAUUACAGACAUCAGGCCAAACUCACUCUGGGUUUGCGCGCACAGCUGAUCCUGGAACAACUUCACAUGUCCCAGUCUCCUGACCCUGAGCUCAUUCUCCCUCAGCUGGAGAGACUGCGUGCUCCCACCCUAUCCAAAGGGAAAAGAAAGGACCAAAAAGUCGAAAUGGCUGUGAAGAACUUCCACACCCUUGUCCACACUCUACUGAAGUCCCCAGCAUCGAGGAGGCAAUUCUUCCAGGAGGAGUUUGACUCUAAGUAUGGACCACAGUACAACUCUGCCCUAGAAAAGCUGCUAUGGGAGUUUCUGACCAGACUGGACCAGCUGCUUCCAGUCCCAGAUCUUGCCCAGACUGUGUCAUGGCUUAGUGCUGCCCCAGCUGUGCUGGAAGAAUGCGCACGCUCCGCAACUCAGCCGCAGCUUCUCCGGACUCUGCUGCAGCAUGAGAAAUGUCUCAGACACUUGGACUCAGCUGCAUCCGUUCCUUCCUCCACUGGGGACUCUAUCCUAUCCUCCCUUUCACUCCCUCCUUCUGGCAGGGUUCGGAACACAAACCGAUCAGGAUCUGCUCCUACACUGAACCUUGCCUUAAGUCCUGCUACGUCGACAGAUAAGUCCAGUAGCAGAACAGUGUCGCAAAUUGCACCUGUGAUUGGGACGAUAUCCGGUAGAGAGCUUGCUCAGAGGACUUUAGCCAAUCAGGACAUUUUGGGAAGAGACAGUGCAGAUGAACUGAUGAACACAGGUGCUUCCAGUUACACAAGGACAGAAUUGAGGUCAUGUCCAGCGAGUGAGAUUUUGAAGAAUGUUCCAGAAGAGGAACACUUUGUUGGGAAUAUGCUGGUUACUGUAGUCAGUCAAACGUCUACAAGCAGUGAAGCAGAAGACACUGAUGAAGCUCAAAUGCAACCAGUGAGAAGAAGUGCCCAGAGGAGGAGUAGUGGUACAAGAGUACUGGAGCAGGACAGGAAGAUUAAAGAAGAAAGGCUUGAAGAUGACAGCAAGACAUGCCCAGGAACUGCACAGGACAUUGUAUCCCAUGAAGGCCAGCAUCUGCCUGCUGUCCUUGCCUCCUGCAUGAAGCGUCAACUUAGAGUCGUCAUCCCAAGACUGGAUAUCAGAGAUGUUACUCAACUUGACAGUAACAGUGAGAAACAGAUUACAAAAUCCCCAAGUCAGCUAUUCACCAAGCACACAUGCAAAGUGAGAAAUGGUGACUCUGUGAACCGAAAGAGGAAACUUGAUUGCACAGGGACCCCUGAAAAGAACCUGAGUGGCACAACUAAAAAGCAAGUCUGUGCUGGGUCACCCUGUAUUCCCACAGUCAUGCUUGCAAGGAUGGAUAGUUCAGAAAAGGCCUCUCCUGUAAAUGAAUCCACUGAUGACAUCGUUGUUGAUUCAGAAGAUGAAGUUACUGAGAAUGUGAAGGGCAGACGGUUUUCAACUCGAUACUGCAAGACCAAGAACAAUACUUAUGUUCCCACUUUACAGGAGUUCUGGACUCCUGUUUUCUUUCGUCGGGAACUUGUGUCUCCUGGAAAUGGGUAGAGAUGAUGUUUAUUUAAAUAGAUGAUUCGCUACUGUCCUUACAUUCUAGCCAUAAACAAGUGUGCUACCACUGAUGUAGCCUUUUUUUCUAUGUUUUUUUGAGUAACUGUUCAGCACUCUUAAACUAUUGCAUAAAUGUCAAAUGUUUCCUUUUUCUUAAGUAGCUAUUAUGGAGUCAGAUAGGUCAGUAUCUGUUUGUCAAUAUGAGUUUUUAUAACAUAAGAUGCUGUGCAUUAAAGGGGAAUUUCAUAAUUGUUUCUGUAUAAUUCAAUAAUUUAGAUGCAAAAAAGCUAUUCGGUGUUUUGAUG